ACAAAUCACGGUGGAUCAUAAAUAAUGACUCAUUGUUGUUUGUAGAUCAGUCAAUCAGUCACAAUUUUCCCAUGAUACAUUGCGGAUUUGAUCCUCUCGAACACGGCCAUGGACUACAUCACAGAAUAACAUCAGAUGUUGCUAUUCUAAACUGUCUGCUUUGAGUUCUACAGAUUUGUUAGUUGUUUAGUUGUAUGUUUUAGCUUUAUAUGAAAACACCAUGUCGGUGGCGUUUGCACCUCACAGACAACGUGGAAAGGGUGAUAUAACACCCGCUGGAAUUCAAAAGUUACUGGAUGAGAACAAUCAGCUGAUUCAAUGUAUAAUGGAUUUCCAGAGCAAAGGAAAGACCGCAGAAUGUUCACAGUACCAACAAAUGCUCCACAGAAAUUUGGUUUACCUGGCCACGAUAGCAGACUCCAAUCAGAACAUGCAGUCUCUGCUCCCUGCUAAGUGUGACUCCCCUACUCCUCCAGAGGUAAAGCUUGAACCACCCACUCAGAACAUGCCCAUGGGCCCUGGUGGGAUGAAUCAGAGUGGAGCGCCUGGCCCCCAGCCCCCCCACGGACACAACAUGCCCUCGGAGGGCAUGGUCAGUGGCGGCCCCACUGCCCCACACAUGCAGAACCAGAUGAACGGACAGAUGCCUGGGCCCAAUCACAUGCCCAUGCAGGGCCCCGGGCCUGGCCCCAACCAGCCUCCCAACAUGCCCGGCAGUGGCGCCAUGAACAUGCCCCCCAGCAGCCACGGCUCCAUGGGCGGCUACAACCACGCUGUGCCCUCGUCUCAGGGCAUGCCUGCCCAGGGCCAGAUGAACAUGCCCCAGGGACAGGGACCCAUGGGCAACUACGGCCCCCGGCCCAACAUGAACAUGCAGCCUAACCAAGGCCCCAUGAUGCACCAGCAGCCUCCCUCCCAGCAGUACAACAUGCCCCCUGGGGGUGGUGGGCAGCACUACCAGGGCCAGCAGAAUCCCAUGGGCAUGAUGGGUCAGGUCAACCCAGGCAACCAUGUCAUGGGGCAGAGGCCCAUGCCCCCUUACAGACCCCCACAGCAAGGACCCCCUCAGCAGUACCCAGGGCAGGAAGACUACUAUGGGGACCAGUACAGUCACGCAGGACAGGGAGCUUCAGAAGAGCGAGACCCAGCAGCCAACCAACAGUCCCCCUAUGAAAAAGAUCAUGGAAAUGCACAGUAUGGCCAGCAGCAGGAGGCCUACCAGCAAGGUCCUCCUCAACAGCAGGGCUACCCCCCACAGCAGCAGUACCCCGGACAGCAGGGCUAUCCUGGACAGCAACAGGGUUAUGGUCCAUCCCAGGGAGCUCCAGGCCAGUACCCCCAGGGUUACCCCCAGGGACAGGGGCAGCAGUACGGGGCCUACCGGGGCCCCCAGCCCGGGCCCCCUCAGGCCCAGCAACAACGCCCAUACCCAGGCUACGACCAGGGACACAUGAGGAAAUAAAGACCCGGGGAUUUGAACCCCUGACUAGCUCUGUAAGAAGCAAAGGUAAUGGUUGCUGUGAAGACGUCACCUCAACGUCAAAUCUGGACGUUUGACCUGUUCGCCUAGCCGUGAUCUGCAUUUGUUAUGUUUCUCCUCCUGUCUUCUGUUUAAACAUCUGAUUUCUUUACGUCUUUUUGUAACCAGGGGUCGAACUUUAUGCUUGAGGUCUUCAAAUAUAUCAAGCACAAUCUGUAGGGGAACUUGAGAAAAUGUAGAUGGUUUGGAAUUGACAAAAUCAAAAAUACAACUCGCCAUACUUUGGUUAAUAUUUAUAUUUUUUUCAUGCAAUUAACUGCAUUUUAAUGUUUUAUGUGUCAUUUAUUAAUAAUUAUGCACUGUGUAGAAAUAGUAUCUGAUCAAAGUAAUAGUCAAAUUGAAACUGAAAAUCUGAAAUAUGUUACUAAUGACAAUUGUGUUCCUAAAGAGCAGCCACUUUCGACCCCUGUUUAGAAAUGAACCUUUAAAAUACCAACAAAAAAACAUCCCUCCUAUCAUAUUAAAUGCACAAGUCACAGAGCAGCAUUUUGCCUAAUGCUGCAGUAUACUAAUAAGAAGUUGCGUCCCUCCUUUCAUUAGCUUUUCUGAGGCCAUGCUCCCACCUGCUGGUUAAAUCCAGCCAAUGCAGCCAAACAGGAAUAGUCUGCAUCUGUGACAUAAGGUUGAUAGCUACCACAGAUGUGUUUGUUUGCAUCCUAUUUAGAUAUAUAAAUAUGAGCUUUUCUCAAGUAAAUGCCUGUUUAUUCAGAUGUUUGAAUGAGAAGUCAUUAAGAUGUGUCCAUUUACAGUACUUUCUUCCUUCCUCCACAGGGUCAAUAUGGAAAUUACCAGCAAUGAGAGAUGGUCAUGGCAGUCAACAAGAGCCCUGCUCUGACCUCUAAACUCGGCUGCAGAUCACUGAGACACCCUCUCUCACACACACACACACGCACACACUUUGUGGUCCUUAUGUGAAAAGUGUAACUUUUGUUAAUGUCGAUAAUGAGAUGAUUUUGUCCACUUCCAUCACUUUGCUUCUGGUCUGUGUUGGUCUCAAAGCAGCGAUGCCUUAAAACGAAACAGAGCUGCCUUAUACAGAGCCCUGCAGAUUGUGAAAUGGGCAAAAAUAACAAGUUACAUUCAUUUUUGGGAUAUAACAGGACAGAAUUGUACAGAUCUGAACUUCACACUCAUGUAGUGCAAUGUUUCUCCAUCCAAUAGCCCCCCCCCCCCCGUUCAUAAGAAGCAAUAAUGCCAAUGGGAGGGGUGGGACAGAGGCAGCGUGAGGAGAUCUUGCAUCUGAAACAAAAUUCUGUUAGGCCAUGGUACAUGUCAAGGUCAACAUGUGUGAUGAUGUAAAAAUCAAUUUUAUGCUUUUUAGAUUAAGCUAACUUUGUAUAAGAAUUUGGAGACUCUUGUUGAAUAUUGUUUUUUUUUUUCUGAACUAUGUCUAUUGAUGUCAUUUUUUUGUUGUCGUGAUGACAUUGUAUUCAUCCCCCAUUUUGUUUGUUCUUUUGUUAUUUGUUCCCCCUGAAUUCUCUAUGCUUCUUCAGUGACUUGUACAAAGAAUAUGUGCUUGGGGUGAACAAAUCGGAUGCCUUGGUUUUAUGAAUGGGUUGUAUAUAGAAAGCUCUCAAACAGAACACCCAUGUGCAUUGAAGCAUCAGUGCUGAAACAUUAUUUCUUUGGGAAGCAGAAGCAGAACAUGACCUGUGAGUAGGGCUGAAUACUGACUUGAGAUAUACAGUGCAUUCAGGGAAGUUCAGACCCCUUGACUUUUUCCACAUCUUGUUACGUUACAGCCUUAUUCUAAGACGUAUAAAAUCGUUUUUUCCCCCUCAUCAAUCUACACAAUGGAAAUAUCACAUUUACUUAAGUAUUCAGAUCCUUUACUCAGUACUUUGUAGAAGCAUCUUUGGCAGCGAUUACAGCCUUGAGUCUUCUUGGGUAUGUAUUUGGGGAGUUUAUCCGAUUCUUCUGUGCAGAUCCUCUAAUGCUCUGUCAGGUUGGAGGAGGAGCGUACACAGAAUAGCACAGCUAUUUUCAGGUCUCCAGAGAUGUUCGAUCAUGUUCAACUCCAGGCUCUGGCUGAGCCACUCAAUGACUUUCAGAGACUUGUCCAGAAUCCACUCCUGUGUUGUCUUGUCCUUGUGCUUAGGGUCGUUGUCCUUUUGGAAGGUGAACAUUCGCCCCAAUAUUGAGGUCCUGAUCGCUCUGGAGCAGGUUUUCAUCAAGGAUCUCUGUACUUUGCUCCAUUCAUCUUUCCCCCAUUCAUCUUUCCUUCGAUCUUGAUUAAUCUACCAGUCCCUGCUGCUGAAAAACAUCCUGACAUGAUGCUGCCAGGUUUCCUCCAGAUGUGACGCUUGGCAUUCAGGCCAAUGAGUUCAAUCUUGGUUUCAUCAGAUCAGAGCAUCUUGAAUCCUUUAGGUGCCUUUUGGCAAACUCCAAGCUGGCUGCCGUGCCUUUUACUGAGGAGUGGCUUCCUUCUGACCACUACCAUAAAGGCCUGAUCGGAGAGCUGCAGAUAUUGCUGUCCUCCUGGAACAUUCUCCCAUCUCCACAGAGGAACUCUGGAGCUCUGUCAGAAUGACCAUUGGGUUCUUGGUCACCUCCCUGACCAAGGUCUUUCUCUCCCGAUUGCUCAGCUCUAGGAAGAGUUUUGGUGGUUCCAAACUUCCAUUUAAGAAUGGAGGCCACUGUGUUCUUGGGGACCUUCAAUGCUGCAGAAAUGUUUUGGUACCCUUCCCCAGAUCUGUGCUUUGACACAAUCCUGUCUCAGAACUCUACGGACAAUUCUUUCUACCUUAUGGAUUGGUUUUUGCUCUGACAUGCACUGUCAACUGUGGGACCUUACAUAGACAGGUGUGUGCCUUUCCAAAUCAUGUCCAAUCAAUUGAAUUUACCACAGGUGGACUCCAAGUUGUAGAAACACUUCAAGGAUGAUCAAUGGAAACAGGAUGCACCUGAGCUCAAUUUGGAGUCUCAUAGCAAAGGGUCUGAAUAGUUUUGUAAAUAGGGUUAUUUCUGUAAAAAAAAAGAAAAUCAAUUUGCAAACAUUUCCACAAAAUAACUUAUCUUUUUAAUUAUGGGGUAUUGUGUGUAGAUUGAGGAUUGUUUAAAAUUUCAAUCAAUUUUAGAAUAAGGCUGUAACGUUACAAAAUAUGGAAAAAGUGAAGGUGUGUAAAUACUUUCCGAAUGCACUGUGUGUGUAAAACCGCGCUGAGCCCAUACUCCUAAAGUGUCUGAUUUAGGAUAGCUGAUUUUCAAUCAGGUUUUCCUUGGCUAUCACAAUGUGAAGGACUACAUGGACCCGAGAUCAGCACUCCUACUCUGAGACGCUUUAUGAAUAGGGCACCUGAAUGCUUCCAAUGCCCCCUGCUACUCCUAAAGGUUAAAGUUAGUAGCAUCUACAGUAUCUGUUGUCAGAAUAUGGCCUUGGCGCUUCAGUGUGCUCUGUUAAUGGACAGCUGGUUAAGGGCUUUAUUCAGUUGGGGGAUAUUCCAAACGUAUGUCUUAAUGUACAUCCGACACAGAUCUCUGUUCCAUGUGAUGGAGAAUAGUGUCUGCUCAAUACAUAACAUUUUUUAUUUGCAACUUUAUGAACAUUAUGUCCAUACUGAAUAUUCCCAUUAUGGGACUGAGGGAGUGCUUUGACCACAGACUGUCCAAUCAGACUCACUCGUACAUUCAGUAUAAUCAGUCCCACAUAAGCUUCUUUCAGUCUGAUGGAGUCUUCUUUACAAUGACGGAAGCCAUUUUCCCCCCAGAAUAAACUUGUAAUUCAAAGUGUCAUGUUGUACGUUACCACCAACUGAAUGUGAGUUAGGUACAAUAUUACAUAAAACACUCAGAGGGAGUGUCUUGUGAAGCUUUGAGAUACAUUUCCAUUAAUGUCAUGCAACAUCUUAUGCUUGUACAGACUUUAGUUGUGUUAUUCUAUUAAACCUUGGGCUUGAUACACUAUUACUACAUGGACACACCAUGCACAUGUUACAGAGAAGAGAAAUGUAUAAUUGAUUUCCAGUCAGCCUCAAAGAUACUAACCUUGGUAUACUGUAGUACAUAUCUUGUAAUUAAUGUUUUGUUUUUCAUUCAGCACCCUGUAGCCAAUAUGAUGGGGUCGUUACUGUAAGUGUCAUUGUGAUGUUAAAUGGUACAGUAGGUCACUGUGGAAAAACUGCAACAAUAAAUUGCUAGAAUUUU